CGUUAACUUAAGAAGCAGGCGUAUCCUUAACUGCCUCACGGCAGCGGAAGCCAUGAACAGUCACAUGUGCUUCGGAGGAAAACAUGGAUUCUGUGCUGGAGCUGGUGGCUGGGAGUUACGAGCAGAUUCUUUUCGGUUAUAAGGUGCAGAAAGGCGAAAAGGAAUGGACCCUGAAAGCCGAAUUCACUCACCAUGCUCACACAGCCUCCUUGUGUGCUGUGGCCGCUAACGAGCGCUACAUCGCGACUGGCAGCAAAGACGAAACCAUCCAGCUCUAUGACAUGAAAAAUAAGAAAGAACACGGAGUCCUGCUCCAUCACAAUGGUACAAUUUCAUGCCUCGAGUUUUACGGCGCUUCUCACCUUCUGAGCGGAGCAGAGGAUGGAUUGCUGUGUGUGUGGAGCACCAGGAAGUGGGAGUGUCUGAAAUCCAUCAAAGCUCAUAGGGGUCAAGUGUCAUUUGUGUCUGUCCAUCCAUCUGGAAAACUCGCUCUGUCCGUGGGAACUGACAGAACACUCAGGACUUGGAAUCUCAUUGAUGGGAGGUCAGCCUUCAUCAAAAAUAUUAAACAAAGUGCUCAUAUUGUCAUGUGGUCUCCUGCUGGAGAUAAAUAUGUCGUGGUUGUGAAUAACAAAAUAGACAUUUAUAAGCUGGAGACGGCCACAGUGAUAGGCACCUUCUCCUGUCCAAUGAGGAUCUCAUCCAUUACGUUUCUGAGUAAUUCAGUCCUUGCAGUUGCUGGAGAUGAUGAAGUAGUGAGACUUUUCGAUACUGAUUCCCAGAAGUGUGUCUGUGAGUUUGUCGCCCAUGAGAACAGAGUAAAAUCACUGGACAGUUGUACAGUGGGCGAUCUCUGUGUCCUUGUCUCAGCAUCAAAUGAUGGAUUCAUCAAAUUAUGGAACGUCAGUCUUGAAAAGGUGACGGAGCCUCCAGCUUUGCUGGGGAUGGUGAACACCACUGCGAGGCUGACCUGCUUGUCGGUGUGGCAGCCAGGCCCACAGGGGGAAUGCAGUGCAGAGCAGGACGUGCAGGCCGUCACCUCCCAAGCAUCCACGACUGCAACUGAACCCAAAAGGAGAAAGAAAGAAAUUUUCACAGAGGAAGUAAUCGUCGAGGAUCCCAGUUGCACAAAAAGAGUGAAAACACAGGGUGGUGAAAAGAAAAAGAAACGAAAAACCAAUAAAUAACCUUGUCAAGUUUAA